CUGACGAUUUAGGCCAUUCUCUCUCCGCCAUAUCUCGAUCUACUCUGGACAAAGAGAACCUGUGAUUGCUGCCGAGAAUGAAUGAUUCUGUAAAAGAUAUAUACAUGUCUUCUCCCAAGGUAGCAAGCAGUGAGAAGUCUUCAAAUGCUUUGAAACAACAAAACCAUAUGUCUGUCACCAUUAGCUCUAGCAGUCCUAAAAAGCUCAAACAACCAUCAAGUGGCAUGACCAAUGAUCAUCAUUCUAAUUCUAAGCCCAAGAUAAGCUCCAGCCUUUCCAAAGGCAGCCGUCCCAAUGACGGUCAUCGGUCACCCUCUUCCUCUCGACCCAAAGAAGGUGCAAACUCACACUCAUUGCCAAACUCCGAUGGCAAGCCCGCAUCAAAGCCAAAUGGUGGCUCAGGCUCACAUUCCACACCUAAACAUUCCUCUUCAUCAAAACCAAAAGAAGGUUCCUUGUCGCACUCUAGCUCCAAACCAAAGGACAGCUCGCACGCAAGACCUAAAGAUGGACACAGUUCAUCCAAGGUAAUGAAUGAGGGAUCAUCUAGUGGUCAAAAGCCCAAGAUUAAUUCAACCAGUAGGCCCUCGUCUGACAAGCUGAAAGAGAAGUCGAAAGAUCCAUCUAAAUUAAGCGCCAGCACUCACAAAAGCUCCCAAUCUGUUCCAUCUAGCAAAGGAAGAGAAGGAAGUAGCUCUCUGAAACACAAAGAUCCUUCCUCGAAAUCCAAGGAUCCUUCUCUAAAGCCGAAAGACUCUUCAUCCAAGCCAAGGGAAGGGUCUAAUAAAUCACACUCUAAACCACUUCCAUCAAAAGACAACGCUCAUACUGGCCAUUCCCAUGUAUCAAAAGACAAAGUGCAAAGUAAAUCUCCAUCAUCUGGAAGUGAGCGACCGAGACAUCAGGAUGGGAAGAGUAGCUCAAGUGACAGCGACUUCAAGAAGUCAUCUGUGAACUAUGAAAAUCACAAAUCAGACAAGGACAGCAACAGGGUUAAAGUGACGACAGAAAAGAACAGAGAGCAUGUGGCAAAGAUCAACAUUAAAGUUGAAAAGGGAAAGGACGCUAAGAUUGUGAAAAGUCCUGUUAAAAUCAAGAAGGAAGUUGCAGUUGCUGAGAGUGAUGAAGAUAACCGACCACUGGACAAACGGUUAGCCGUGGAGAAGGUGAAAAAAGAGUCUGCAAGUCGUCCGUCUCUAAAGCGCCCUCUAGUGGAUUCAGAUGAUGAGAAGCCACUUUCAGCAAGGGUUGAAAAGGCAAAGAAGCGAAAGGUAGAAAGUGCAUCCAUCAAGAAAGAGAAGCCAACUGAAAAGCAUCACAAAAGAAAAUACCAAGAAAGUGAUGACGAAGAGCCUAAGAAGAAGGUGUCUAAGCAGGAUGUGAAGAAGUCUAAAGAUAAGAGUAAAGGUAGCGACAAAACUAAGGAAAAGGGAUCCAAAAAGAAAGGCAAGAAGGAAGAAGAAGCUGAAGAAGUCUGGAAAUGGUGGGAGGAGGAACCUCAUCCAGAGGGUGUGAAGUGGAUCUUCUUGGAACAUAAAGGACCUGUCUUUGCUCCUCCUUAUGAACCUCUUCCUGAUGAUGUCAAAUUCUAUUAUGAUGGUAAGCUCAUGAAGCUGAGUGAAAAUGCUGAGGAGGUUGCUGGUUUCUAUGCUCGCAUGUUGGAUCAUGAGUACACAACGCGGGAAGUGUUCAAUAAGAACUUUUUUAAUGAUUGGAGAAAGGAGAUGACGGGGGAUGAACGCAAGACAAUAACCAAUCUGAAGAAGUGUAACUUUAAGGAACUCCAUCAAUAUUUCUUGCAAAAAUCAGAGGAGAGGCGGAAUCUUACCAAGGAGGAGAAACUGGCCAAUAAAAACAAGAAUGAAGAACUUCUUCAAGAGUAUGGCUUCUGCACCAUCGAUGGUCAUCGUGAAAAGAUGGGCAAUUUCAAAAUAGAGCCGCCAGGUCUUUUCCGUGGCCGUGGUGACCAUCCCAAACAAGGCAUGCACAAGAAAAGGGUUCAACCUGAAAAUGUCAUCAUCAACUGCAGCAAGGACUCUACUAUUCCUGUAGCACCAGAAGGCCAUAGGUGGAAGCAGGUGAUUCAUGACAAUAGUGUGACAUGGUUGUGUUCAUGGAAUGAAAACAUCCAAGGUGCCAUUAAAUAUGUCAUGCUUAAUCCAAGCUCAAGGCUUAAGGGUGAAAAAGAUUGGGCCAAAUAUGAAACAGCUCGCAAACUGAAGAAAUGUGUUGAGAAAAUCCGUGCCAACUAUCGUGAGGACUUCAAGAGUAAAGAGAUGCGUAUUCGUCAACGGGCAGUGGCACUGUACUUUAUUGAUAAGUUGGCACUCAGGGCUGGUAAUGAAAAGGAAGAAGGUGAAUCAGCUGAUACUGUGGGUUGCUGUUCUCUACGUGUGGAACAUCUCAAGCUACAUGAGGAAAAGAAUGGACAAGAGUUUGUAGUAGAGUUUGACUUCCUGGGUAAGGAUUCUAUCCGCUACCAAAACAGUGUGCCAGUGGAAAAGAGGGCAUUUCGAAAUCUGAAACUAUUCAUGGAGAAUAAACAGGGAAGUGAUGACCUGUUUGACCGAUUGACCACAUCAAUCCUGAACAAGCAUCUACAAGAAUUGAUGGAGGGACUGACUGCUAAGGUAUUUAGGACCUAUAAUGCUUCAUCUACACUACAAAACCAGUUGGAUGAAUUAACAAUGGCUGAAGACUCUAUCCCUGCCAAGAUUCUUUCCUACAAUCGUGCCAAUCGUGCCGUAGCAAUCCUGUGCAACCAUCAACGUGCAGCUCCCAAGACCUUUGACAAACAGAUGGAGAACUUACAGACUAAGAUCAAGGCCAAGCAUGAAGCAAUUAAGAAGGCUAGGAAAGAGUUCAAAGCAAUGAAGACUGAGUACAAAUCCAGUCGUAAUGACAAGAUCAAAACUGCCUUGGAACGAAAGAAAACGCAGGUAGAACGUCUUGAAGAGCAACUUACAAAACUAGAAAUGAAUGCAACUGACAAGGAAGAGAAUAAGGAGAUUGCUCUGGGUACCUCCAAGCUCAACUAUUUGGAUCCAAGGAUCUCAGUUGCAUGGACAAAGAAAUGGACUGUACCUAUGGAGAAGAUAUACAACCGUACCCAGCGAGAUAAGUUCAGAUGGGCCAUCGACAUGGCAGGGGCUGAUUUUGUAUUUUAACAAGAGGCAUCGAUAUAUAUUUUCUAAACCAAUACAUUGAUGGUAGAUACUCUUUGUAAAAGUACAUAGUAGAAAUUUUUGAUGUAAAAAAAAAACAAGUUUAAAAUUAUUGCAUCUGUAAAACACAAACAAGUCUUUAAUAAACUUUAAGCCACCGAUAAUGAAAGGAAUUUUGAUGUUGCUUUGUAGAUUUUUAAAUGUACUUCAAAUGCUUGCUGGCCUCUGGAUUAUUCGCCAUUAACUGAGACAUUGGUGAACUAAUUUUGUAAUGGCUUUUUUACUUUUAGUGGUAGUCGUCCAUGGGUUUUCACUUGUAUCUUUUGAUGUAAUACCCCAUGCACUGUACAUUCAAGAACUCGUGCAAUGGACUGUUUGUGUAGCACUUGUGUUGAUGUUUCAUUUGUAGAAUUUUUAUCAAGAAUUGUAAAAACAAAAUCACCUGAAGGGAUUGGUAUUUGACUUUUGUCACUUAUUAUUUUGUUUUUAUUUGAAGGAGUCUUUUUAUGCAUUUAUUUUUUGUGUGGUCACAUAAUGAUGCUUAGUUUUUACAGAAUAUAAAAUUUCCCUUUCAAGUUAUUUGAUUUUAUUGUAUUUUUAAAUUCAAGAAAAUAAGAGUAAAUUCUUGUUUUGAAACUGACCAGCAAGAUCACUCCAUGUAUGAUAUGAGACAGCCAACUUUUUAUAAGUGAAGACAAUGAGAUUGAAUGCUAUUGUUGGAGCUUGUGUUUUCAAAUCUUAACUUAGUUUCAAUUUGCAAAUUUGAUAACAUCAAGUGUAACAUUCAACAUGUAUUCAACAUUUGCAUAAGUUUUAUUGACUGGUUUAUUAAUUGUUGAUGUUUUUUUGCCAAGCAGCCAAUUCGCAGAUUGUUCAUUGAAAUGGAACUGAAUAAAACAUUGACACCUGGAUCCGCCAACCCUUUUCAAAGCUGUAAAUUGCUACAUCCAUCUGCAGUUAGCAGUUUAAAAUAGGAGGCAAAAUAUUAUACAAUAAGAUAUUUGGCUACUUGAUAGUACAUGAAUUGCCCCAAAAAAUGAAUUUAUUUCGUGCAUAGGUCCAAGUGAUACGGGAAAUUUAUUUGCAAAUAAUGAAAGAGUAGAAACUACUGACUUUCAUGGACCAUUAAGAAACCAACUCUCAGUAUUAAUACAAGUUAACAUUAUUUUGACAAUUGAAAUUGAACUGUUUUGUCUGUACUAUGUACACUGUACUGUAUGCUGGACAAGAUGUAUUUUUGUAAUAGUUCUUAUUUAUUUGUAGACGUCGACACCCAAUACUCUGUUAUAAGCGUUUGCAUCACUUAAUAAUGUUGAAAUACAACCCCAAAAUGCAGUUGGCUUUCAUGUUUUCUCCAUCUUUGUAUUAUUACUGAUCUUGCAAGUGUUCUUAAAUUUCAUAAUUACAAAUACUCCAAGUCAUGAUGUACGUUCCGGAGUAGUUUUGUUCUCCUCGACAACUUAACUGCGCAUUAAAACAUAAACAUAAGAUAUGCGUAAGAUCUCCGGCCUCGAAAUAGGUUUUAUUUAGGUAAUGUAUUUUUAAUUUGAAGAGAGGAACAACUUUUUUGUUGAACAAAAUAAACAUUCAAACCUUCCUAAAAACAAAUUUAUGAUUAAAUGGGACAAGUCAGUGUCAACAUCAGUAUGUUAGAUAAAACUGUCUUCAUGUUUUAGGUGUUCUUGUUUUCCCAUAAUUAUGACGAACUACACCACGUUCUUAUCAUUUUAAGUAAAAUUAAGUGUUUGUUUUGAACACGUAAACGCCUGUGGGUUUAAAAAGAUUUUUCAAAAUAAUAGUAUUGCAUCGAAGUUAUGUCAAUUUAUGCUCAUACAACUAAGACUUCAACAAGUGAUAUGCUUUAUUCGUGUUCAUUUACAACAACAAAGCUGUCUUAACAUGUUUGAUUAUCUUGGAGUUCCUGCUCGACAAAAACAAAUAAUAACAGCUUACUAUCCACUCUACCAAUUAUUGUUACUUUAGGUAUAUGAUAAUUUGAGCUGUUGUCACCAUUUUGAAGAUAUCACAAUACGUGCAAUGGUUGUACAAUUAA